UCUCCCUUUAAGAGAGAGAGAGAGAGAGUUUUUCUCCAUAAAUCAUCGUCUAUCACUUUCCUUUCACACACAGAGAGAGAGAGAGAGAGAGAGAGAGGAUGGAGGGAAGGAACUGGGAGGAGUUGAACACGGAUUGUUUGGUGAAGGUGUUGGAGAGGGUAGGAAUGGAGUCUCUGAUAUUGGACGUUCCCUUUGUCUGCAAGUCUUGGUACAGAGCUUCUCUCAAUCCUGAGUGUUGGAAAACACUUCGUUUCCCUGUUGGAAUCCGUGACGAACCAUGGAUGUGGGUGUUCGAUCAAUUUACUGAUCGAUUCAUGGACGAGUACCAACUCGAGAAAUUUUCUGUGACAGGCUUUGUUAAACUACUUCUGACCCGAAGUCGUAGAUCUGCUGUCACUAUUUUGCUUCCUGCUCACUGUACUUCAGAGGCUUUGGAAUUAGUAUCAAACGAGUGUCCUGCAUUGAAAUUCUUAGGCAUGCCUUUCGAUCUGGUGCAAGCUCAUGGCGAGCUUAUCCCAACACUUGUAAGUAAAUGGAAGGAUUUGCAGCAGUUGCACUUGGGAAGCACUCGAGUUUGUUUCAAGGAAAUUCUUACAGAAAUAAGUUCCAACUGUGAGAACUUUAAUGGGCUAUCUGUAAGUGGUUAUGUUGGCAAUGAAGAAGCAUCAGCUAUUACAAAUUUACUUCCAAAAAUCAAGUAUUUGUGGCUGAGGAGGAAUACUACAGUGCCACGUGAGAGUCUGCAGAUGAUAUUGGAGGGCUGUAAAGAUCUGGUGCUACUGGAUGCAAGGAAUUGCUUUGGUUUUCAAGCGGAAGAUGAAGAGAUAUUAAAGAUGGCUUCUCACAUCAAGACCUUCAUGGUUGAGGGUUCAUGUCUAGAAGACGAGGAUGAUUAUUAUGAACCCAUCUCUUACAAGGAUGCGUGUAUUGAUAGUGAUUGUGGCUCUGAUUAACUAAAGUCUUGCAUGGGACUUAUUAGGUUUGUUGAUGAUGCAUUAGGGUUUUGGUCAGGUAUGGGAGAAGGAAUUCUUGGCAUAUGCAAAUAUAUCCUCUAUAUGGUGUUAACAGACUUCUUUGAUGGGUUUCUGCAGGUUGUUGAUGAACCUCAAGAGCCUCUGCUAAAGUGGAUCCUUGACUUGUUUGGUGUGGUUUGAGAUUUUAUAAUGACAUUAUCACUUUAAUAUAUUUAAAAUAAUACAUGCAUGUACGUAAAAUUUAUGUA